GGCGCGCGCGUUGGGCGACGUUUUCCUGGAUCAUGCGACCAUUCCGAAUCCUCGCUAUGUCCCUCAGCUUGCUACCAUCGCCCGGAAUCGCGAACGUGUGAUGCGGAUCGAGCGUGUUAAUCACGAAACUAUCAGGACGUGUGGAGUCGUUCUGGACAAGCAAACUUUACACGUCCGUCGUCGUCGGGAACAUAUCAGAAGCUGGUCAAUCUCCAAGCACAAGCUGCCUCCGUUUCGUGCCAAGUUUUGAGUUUGGAUACGGACUCUUUGACUCAUGACGACAUAGCUCGCAGCAACGUUGACUCAUAGGAAGCGCAUUCGCGCCACCGGUUGCUCAAAUAUAAGCACAGGCAAGAUGCCUGUCGAACGUUUGGGCUGUCCAUCUGCACCCUCAGAUUACAUUGGGUGAUCAAAAUGUCUCGACGACUCGUGUUUUACGAUGCUCCGUGCAGUCCGUAUGCCCAAAGGGUCAGAAUAGCGCUUCAGGAAGCGAACGCCAAAUACACGCCCUUUGAGAUCGAUCCACUCAACAAACCCACAUGGUUCAUCGAGAAGGUCAAUGGCGUAGGAAAAGUCCCUGCAGUGGCCCACGGAGGCCCAGACGUUCCGCCCGACCAACCCUCUCCCGACUCGGUCAAGCUCGCCGAAUCGCUCAUCAUCGCAGAGUUCAUCGCCGACCUGUACCCCGACUCUGGUCUUAUGCCUCAAGAUCCUGUGCAGCGAGCCCAGGUCCGGCGCUUCAUCGACGUCAUCAACACAAGGUUCGCGCCCGGGAUUACACCCUGGUUCUAUCGCGGCGCUCCGUGGAAAGGUAUCAUCGAGGGUGCUAUAGCACUGCAGGUCCUUCUACCGGUUGGUGCUGAGUUCGCAGUCGGAGGCCGCCUGACGCUGGCGGACAUCGCGUUCGCGCCGUUCUAUUCUAAUCUCCAGGUCAUGUCGGAGAGGGAGGUCUGUUUUCAUGAGGCUGCGCAGCCGAAUGAUAUUACUCAGGCUCUCAAUGCGCCAGAGUUGGCGAGGCUCAGGGAGUAUGCGAGUGGAUUGCUAGAACGGCCCAGUAUCAAUGCUGCGGUUGACCAAGAGCGGCAGGAGAAAUGGCUCAGAGACUUUAUCGCUUUGGCCCGCCCAAGUAACUAGCACAAUCACCCUUCUGCAUGCUGUCUAAGAAUAUAAAGGCAACCUUGUACGUUACCCCAGGCGGUCAUCGUAGACUGAGUUACUCGGCCGGCAACCAUGUGUGCCGGUCGAUUGAUGUUCACAAACACAUGUGCCUGAACAACGGUCACAUUGGCAUAACAUACGGCUAUCUACCGGGAUCUACGACCCGGAUUGAGAGCAUUUCUAGGCAGAACAAUAGACUUGGGGAACAAUUCGGUCAGACGCUGAUAUCAAACUGUGGAUCUGUCAGUUGACUUCGAUCUCCCUGCGUCAACCUUCAGGAGAUAUAAGAACUCGGGGGUACGCAGACUUCGCAGCUCUCGCAAAGGCCCAUUUCCUCUCCCUCUCGAGAAUUCGAACAUGUCCAACCAAAUCACUCACUACGGCAAUAAGAUAAGCGUCUUCGCGCAGAGGACGAAUAUCGCAUUACACGAAGUUAAUGCGCAGUAUACCCACUGCGAGGUUGACUUCGAGAACAAGCCUGAGUGGCUUUUUAAAGCAAAUCCUGCUACUGCACAGAUCCCAGCUAUUACAUACGGAGGACCGGUGGUGCCGUUUGAUCAGCCCUCGCCCGAGUCUGCGAAGAUCACCGAGUCAAUCGUCAUCCUCGAGUUCCUUGCUGACCUCUUCCCAUCCUCCGACCUGCUGCCUGCCGACCCAGUGGAACGCGCCCAGGUCCGCUUCUUCAUCAGCACCCUCGAUACCAAGUUCUGGCCUGUGAUGCUCGCAUGGAUGCGCGGAGCGCCACCGAACGACAUGGUAGAUGGUGCGAAGGCGCUGCAGGCUCUGCUGUCCCAGGAGGGCAAGGGGCCGUACGCAGUCGGAGACAAGUUCACUAUCGCGGACGCAGCGUUCGCGCCGAUGUGGGCACGGUUCAGGCUCAUCACAGAGAGGGACAUCGGGGUGGAGGCGUUUGGCAAAGAACAACACAUUUCCUCCGCCAUACGGUUGCUGGGAGUCCCAGAACUUGCCAAGUUCAGGGCCUAUGCAAAUCGUCUUUUGGAGCGUCCGAGCGUGAAGGCGACCUGGUAUCCGGAGGACUGCAACGAGUACUUGACUAGAAAAGCAGCUCGUUUCAUCAAGAAGUGAUGGAGCGACGUUUGUCUUCAAUUGCCUGUUCUGACGCAGAUGCUAGCACCCCAUAAAAUAUACAAG